CCUACACAGUUCUGGUUCUAAACUAUUCCUCUGUUAGUUUACAGUAACUUUCUUUUGUUUCUCUCUCUAUUGCUCACCUACUAUAAGCGCUCAAAUUAACGGGAUGGAGAGGAAAGAAUCAAAGGAAGGGAAUUCUAUUGUAGGGGGGGACCUCAACUCUCUCUCUCUCUCUCUAGAAAUUUCUCUCUAAAACCCUAACCCCGAUUAGACUUCUGUUCGGCCGCCUAGGCCGACCACCUCACCCAAAUAUCUCCAUGAUCUCGUAUGGACGAAGGUAUCUCGUUAUUGAGGAUAAAUCGUUAGAGUUUUAUGUUGUGAAGGGAAGAAGGUAGAAGGAUUGCGAAUCACUAAGAACAGGCACGGCUUCCGAAGGUCGAUCUUCUUAGACAGUGAGGAGUAUGGGUGGUUCGUCGAUGGGUUCGAUGAUUUCUGGUGGAGAAGCAGAUCGAGCAUCUGAGCGAAGCACUGAGUGAAGAGGAACUACGAACUGUGGUUGUCGUAUGGAACAGACAGGCGAGGGGAAUAUUUAACCCUAACUGUUCAAGGAGACCGAAGAGUGAAAAGUAUUUUCUUCCUGGGAGGAAUGCAGGGGAGAGGGUGGUUGAAGCUGAUGGUGGCAGCAUUUGAACUGGCUGAUAAACCGGUAAAAAAUCCUAAGACUGCUGAUGAAGGGGGAGGGAGAAAAACAGAACAUCCAAAGGAGAAUGCGAACCAAAAGAAAACUCCAUGGAAAGCCUCCUCUCACUGUCCGCACUGCAACACACCGAUCAACGUCGCGAUGGAAUACGAGGGCAUCAGAACAUAUGCGACGGCGUUACAAGCUGUCAAAGGCAAUGCAAUUCGGGUAGGGCAGAGGAAACCCGAAUGUGUUUCCAAUCGGGAUGGCCCGAGUCGACAAAACCGAACAGAUAACGGGAGCAUGGACAGAAAUCAAAACAACAGACUUAAAUGUCGUCUUGGGUAAAAAGGGUGAUAGGGCUAUUUUUCGCUCGGUCGAUUCCAAAAUGACAAAAAAAACUGGGCAGGACGAAAAGAAACAGUUUACAUGGAGAGAAAAGGAGGAAUGGAAAAUGAAGGCUGAUAUUACCGGGGGCCCUGUAAUACGUCUGGAUCCGAGUGUUUCUUUUAAGCCGACUCGGGGUGAAUCAUCUGGCACAAAGGAAGUGGAAAUUUUUAUGCCUGUGGAUUCGGAUGAAAAUAAAGAAAAAGGAAAGAAAGAAUUAGGGCUCGACGAAGAGAAAAAGGCUGAGGAAAAAGAUGAAAAGGUUUCUGAUGCUGAGUGCUUUGCAGUGAGAGAAAAAGAAGAAGACCUCUGCUCAGUUUUCUCUACUAUGAAGGACUUCGAUCCAGAAAUUGGAGUAUGAUGUAGAUUUUCCGUGUGAGGAAAAUGAAGACCUGAAGAUGAACCGUGAUUUAAUGGUGGUAGAGAUAAACGCUAUGACCCUGGAUUCAACUUUCGAUCCAGAAAUUGGAGAAAUUAGUCAACUGAGUUUGGAGGGAGUCAACAUCUCUGCCCAUGAAGUGAAUUACUGUUCUCAAUGGGUCAUUAAUAACGUGAAUAAGUUCAGGAAGAAGAUGGGUGUUUCAUUAGAUGUAUGAAAAAUUUAUCGUAUUUUUUCUUCUCUGAAAUAGAAAAAAGAAGAGUGCUCUCGAGUAAAGCAAGGUCUACUCUAAAAGAGAAAAAGAAAGUGAGUUGUGGUACCCCUAGGGAGCUUAAAAGAUUGGAGUCAUCCAUAAACUAGGACGGAAGAAAAAAAGAGGGCAAGGCAGCUGGCGUGAUUAAAGACGAUUUGUGAAUGAUAGGGAAAAUUGUGUCUUGGAAUGUCCAUGGGGUGAAUAACAGGAGUAAAAGGCUAGUUAUUAAAGGAUGUUUGAAAAAAUGGAAGCCUGCAAUUGUGUCUGCAAGAAACGAAAAUUGAAGAUCAUUCCUCUGAUGUGAUAAACAGUUUAUGGUGUGAGAACAACUGGGAUUGACAUGCAUUACCCGCUAAAAGGAUUAGCUGGUGGGAUGAUUAUCUUUUGGAAGGAGGAUUGGGUGAAUUGUGUGGAUGUAAUCAUAAACGAAUGUACCAUGUCCUAUAUUUGUAGAAAUUGUAAGGAGCAUGUUGAAUGGAUGUUCACUGGUGUUUAUUGUAGAGGUAAUAAAGUGGAUAAGACAAUUCUAUGGGAAGAACUGGAGAAAUGCAGAAUCAAAUGGGGAGGAAAGUGCAUUGUUGGGGGUGAUUUCAACAUGACAUUAAGAAGAGAGGAAAGAAGUGGCAACAAUUUUUCGGCAACAGAAGCUUCUGAGUUUGUCAUAUAAACUGGUAUUGAUAUUCCUUAUAUUCUAGGGCUUGUUAUGACCAAAUGGUAAUGAAAGGGCUUGAGGAAAUACGUUUGGGCGUACUGUUUUGAAGCUGAGUAGCUAUUACUUUCUCUGUACUUUGUCUCCAUGCCAUCUACGUUUCAUUAUUUAAGAAAAACGACACUUAAAAAUGAGUGUUGCAUCCCUCAUUUCUCUCUGCAAAUAUUCUUGUACUGGUGAGGGCACUUGGUAUUUUUUAUGUUCUGGAAUGUUUGGUUGCUACAUGGUUUUUGAUUGCAAUGGAUUUGCUUUCUUUUGUUAGAUCACAAUAAAUUGUGAUUUUGAGAUUCUUGUUUUGCACCAUGAGAUUCGUUUAGGAUUUAAAAGAUACUAAGAAUAUCCGUGUCUGCCCAUGAUCUGUUCUGUUUGAUAUGGUCAGUUUUAUGAAAUUCUGAAAGUUUUAUGAUUUGACGUGCAUAUUAUUUGGAUGAGUUCUUGAAUGCUGCUUUGGGGAUGAGAGAAAGAGGACGGAGAAGGAAGAUGGAAGAUUGCCAGAAUAAAUUAUAAUACAAGUUUGUAAUAAAAUCUUCUUCUUCUUCCUCCUUGAGAUGUAGGAGCCUCAGAAGACGGUAACACAAAGAUGGCGGAAACAAAAGAACGCAUAAUCAUGUUCCCCUUCACGGCACAAGGCCAUAUCAUCCCCUUCCUCGCUCUAGCCCUUCAUAUUGAGAAAAAAACCAGAGGCUCCUACGCCAUGACAUUCGUCAACCCCACAAAAAACAUCAUGAACCUCAAGUCAUCUCUUCCCCCAAGCUCAUCCAUCCACCUUUUGGAGAUCCCCUUCGACAGCUCCAGCCAUGGCCAGCUCCCUCCCGGCGCAGAGAACUGCGAUGCCCUUCCUUACCACCUUGUCCCUCACCUCCUCCAAGCCUCCGCGUCUCUCAAACCUGUCUUUAAAGAGCUCAUAACGGAGCAGAUAAAGGUAGAUAAUGGCCGACGUCCCCUCUGCAUUAUCGGCGAUAUCUUCUUCGGGUGGACGGCUAGUGUUGCAAGGGAGCUUGGCAUCUUCCAUGUCGUGUUUAGUGGUGCUGGUGCAUUCGGUUUGGCUUGUUAUUACUCCUUGUGGACCAAUCUUCCUCGCCUGAAAUUCGCAGGAGAUGACGAGUUUACGUUGCCGGAUUUUCAGGAGGCGUCGAAAAUUCGCCGGACCCAGCUGCCUCUUUCCAUGGUGGAGGCUGACGGGACUGACUCAUGGUCAGUUUUUCAGAAUUCGAACCUGCCUGAGUGGGUUAACUCGGACGGGAUCUUGUUCAACUCACCGGAGGAGUUUGAUCGGAUAGGAACGUUGUAUUUUAAGAGAAAGUUAGGUCUAUCAGUUUGGUCAAUUGGGCCCAUUUGUUUGCCGGAACAAAGCAGACCACGAGCCGGCAAAGAAGACGGAAUUGUCUCACCAGAGCUCUGCAAAAAGUGGCUAGACCAGAAGCCUGUAAAAUCAGUGUUAUACAUCUUAUUUGGGUCAAUUAACACAAUCUCUGCAGCCCAGAUGAGUCAAUUAGCCAUGGCGUUAGAAUUCAGCGGCAAGAAUUUCAUCUGGGUGGUUCGGCCACCAACCGGAUUUGACAUAAACUCAGACUUCAACGCCGAAAAAUGGCUUCCGGAAGGAUUUUCAGAGAGAAUGAGUGAGUCAGGUCGAGGGUUAUUAGUACAGAAAUGGGCACCCCAGGUAGAGAUUUUGUCACAUCCCUCGGUCUCUGCUUUUCUGAGUCACUGCGGGUGGAACUCUGUGAUUGAAUCUCUCAGCCGUGGGGUACCUCUACUGGGUUGGCCAAUGGCGGGCGAGCAGUUCUUCAAUGUCAAGUUCUUGAUGGAAGAGCUCGGGGUCUGCGUCGAGGUGGCGAGAGGAAAUACAUGCGAGGUCAAACAGGAAGACAUUGCAGAAAAGAUAAAGGUAGUAAUGGAUGAGAGAGAGAAGGGGAAGGAUACGAGAAGGAAAGCUGAGAAAAUGAAGGAGACAAUCAUGGCUGCGACGAAGAAUGAAGAUGGUUGGAGAGGGUCUUCUGUAAAAGCCAUGGAUGCGUUCCUCGAGGCUGCUUUGACGAGGAAGGUGGUGGAAAACGGAUUACAGUUUAAUUAAAACUGAUAACAUCUUUUUUUCAAAUUCAUAUUUCUUUUCGUAAAUUAAAAGCACGGGGAAUUGGGGCCGCCAUGGGUGGUGGGGUUAGACUUUUUGACGACAAUAAUACAUUGUCACCUUCUAUUUUUCCACACGUAGAGGAAGGAACACGUCACGUGUGAUCUCAGUUUUGACCAGUUCACAUGUUUUGUCAUUUCAUGGUGUUGCAGAGAUUUUCCUUCUCUUUAAACUAUCAUAUAAAUGUGUAUAUAUUAUACACCAUCAUGGGAUGUCAA